AUGUCGGAAUCAAAAUCAUGUCUCGAGUUUUUCAGUUUUGGGGUAGAGUUUUGUGCAACAUGCUCAUCGUCCCAGCUUUCCGAGGAGGCCUUCAACGAAAGGUUGGAAAACCAUUACAUCAAUCCUCGCUGGGUUUUACUCCCUGGCACCCGCUGCCAUGACACAUACACACAUGUUCCAGACACCAACGGAUUCUCUCUGACGUACACUGACUUGAGCGCUCCAUACGAAGCUGGAUUCAAGUUGGGAGUUGAGAUGUAUUCUCCGCCAUACUGCGACUUGACUCCCAAGCAAGCCGCGAAAAAAGCAUCAGAGGCCAUCCGGGAUGUGGAAAGAGCCGCUAAUAUCCGCAUCAUGUCGCACGAGGGAUACGGAAUGACGAUCCAUGUUGCUGUCAAAGGCGGCAUACGCUUAAUGGUAGCCCGGAAGGCCGUCACCCUCGUCUUAUUACUGGAAGACCAGCUCCUCAGCAGACUUUGCGCACCGAGCCGUCGAGACCCGAAGAAUUACCACCCCAUUGGAAGCAAGUCGGUCAUUGCGAAUCUUCAGCUGCCAGACGAUCCAUCUGCCCUACAACGCUAUAGCGAUGCAAUGUUGGCGUAUUUGCCUUGGGCGGGAGAGAGGCUCGAAAAAGCGCCGUGGAACGACCACCGAACCGAGCGCUUUCAGAACAUCCUACGUGUGCUCUGGGACGCUCAGGAUAUUACGAAUAUUAGGGAUAUUGUGAGGUAUUUGUGGACAGAGGACAGGGGAAGAUGUGCGUUUACUUUUCACAUCUGCGACCGCGUUCCUGUUGAUAGGAGACAAGUUACGGAGAGGGUGUCGGCGCCGGACUACAUUCGAGGACUGCCUUCGAUGUUCGAGUUUCGAUAUCCAGAGUCGACUUUUGAUCAAGAUUUCAUCAGCAACUGGAUAGAGCUAUCGAAUAGGAUCAUUCAGAUUGCCUGCUGUUCGCCCCCAGAGUUCAGGGGCAUCACGGAGAGCAUUUGGAAAACGCUCGAGGAGCAAGCUGCUCUCCAUAGACCGGCGUGGCCAGCCCUAUUGGAGUGCCUUGGGUUGGGGACUCAAAUCGACUAUUGGAAAGAGAAAUUGGACAGUUAUGGCCAUCAUCAUUAA